AUGGUGUCUAUUUCCGAUCUUCUAGCAUGCAAACCUCUUGACUUGAAACCUUAUGAGGAGUUGUACAAACAUUAUCAUGCCAACCCGGAGCUGUCCAAUCAGGAGAAAGAGACGGCAGCAACCACAGCAAAGCAUCUUUCGAGAGUCUCAGAUAUUAAGAUUACGACCAAUAUAGGCGGCUAUGGCCUUGCAGGCGUUUUCCAUAAUGGUUCUGGUCCAACUGUCCUCCUUCGCGCCGAUAUGGAUGCACUGCCCGUUAAGGAGCUGACGAAUCUUCCCUACGCGUCUACAGUGACACAAGUCAGCCAACGAACCGGCGACGAAUUGCCCGUAAUGCACGCCUGCGGCCACGAUCUCCACCUCACUUGUCUAUUGGCCGCUACCGAGCAUCUCUGCGCCGUGCGCUCUUCGUGGUCAGGCACACUCGUUGUUCUCUUCCAGCCUGCCGAGGAACGCGGCACUGGCGCUCAAGCGAUGGUUGACGACGGGCUCUACGACAAAAACAAGCACAACAUCCCAGUACCUGAUUAUGUCUUAGGUCAGCAUGUAAUGGCGCUUCCAGCAGGCAAGAUCGGCAGCAGGGUAGGCACCAUUAUGGCAGCAGCAGACAGUUUCAAAGUGACCGUGUUCGGCCGCGGCGGUCAUGGCAGCAUGCCGAACCGCACAAUCGACCCCGUUAUGAUGGCGUCGAACAUUGUAGUCCGACUGCAGAACAUUGUAAGUCGAGAAACGGAUCCAAGCGACAUGGCGGUCGUAACGGUUGGAUAUUUGAGAGGCGGGCACACCGAGAACAUCAUCGUCGACCAUGCUGAGCUCGGCAUUGACAUCCGAACUAUCAACAAGACCACGCGCGACAGAGUCAUUGCAUCUAUCAAGCGCGUUGUUCAUGCGGAGUACAUUGCCGCUGGGGCGCCCAAGGAACCCACCAUCGAAGAAACGCGGUUCUUCCCUGCGACGGACAAUGAUGAGGACAUGGAAAACAAGCUUGCUAGCAGCUUUGGGGAUUUCUUUGGCGACGCGUUUGAUCCGCGAAUUGCGCGGACGAAUGCAAGUGAGGACGUCUCAAUUCUGGCUACCAGUCAGGGAAAGCCCAGCCUGUUCUGGUUCUUUGGAGGCUGCGAUCCUGACCUUUAUGCGCAGAAGGAGAGGGAGGGAAGGUUGAUAGAAGAUAUUCCGCAGAAUCACUCGAGCGGUUUUGCGCCAGUCAUUCAGCCCACGCUGAAGACGGGGGUGGAUGCGCUUUGUGUGGCUGCAUUGACGUUUCUUGCGAGGAAAUGA